AUGGCAGGCGACCUGAAAAAGAUCGCUGAAUGGGUACGCUACUCAGAGCUGCCCAAGGCCGAGCUGAACCUCCCAGACCUUGUUAUUACUGAUGGCAAGGCCUCCCUCUAUGUGGGUGAGAGGUACUGCCGUGUCUCUGGCUGUGAGAACUCGAACUGCUUCUCCUCUACCAACACCCUCCGCAAGCAUUACGGCCGUGAUCACCCAGAAAUCACCCUUGAGACUAAGGCUAAGGGUGGUCGUUCUACUAUCGCGGAAAUCUCCCAGGCACAGCUAUUCUAUAAGGAUAUCAUGGAUACAUAUGAUGCCAUUCAUGCCAGCGAUGAUAACCGUCCCCCCCUCCCUAUCAAGGAAAAUGGCAUGGUCAAUAUGACGCAGAUGAAGAAAAUGGUUCGAGAGCUUGGCUACUCGGUUCCUUGUGAGGAGUGCAGAGUUAGAAAUAAUUCCAAGAUGUGCUGCCAUGAGGACUCGAAGCUUACCUGCGAGCAUUUCGAACUGUUUGCUAAACCGCGUCAGCAGCCUACUCAACAGGAUGACGAGGCAUAA